CCUCAUUUAAGGGUUGGCAGUGGAGAUGAAGGGAUCUCACUGGAGAUCUCUGGAUGUUUGAGGCCUUCUGAAGGUUUUGGAUAUGAAAGAACAAUGUACAUGGACAAAAUGCACCAGGGCCUCAUUGAUGCCAUCAAGCCCUUCUUGCAUUACUAUGAGCAGGUUGACGGGGUGUCCUACAGGAAAGCCAUCUUCAUCUUCCUCAGUAAUGCUGGUGGUGACUUAAUUAAUAAAGCAGCGCUCGACUUCUGGACCAUUGGAAAGCAUAGGGAAGAUAUUCAGCUGAAAGACCUUGAGCCCAUGCUGUCUGUGGGAGUCUUCAGUAACAAGAACAGUGGACUGUGGCACAGCAGCCUCAUGGACAGGAACCUCAUUGACUACUUUAUUCCCUUUCUCCCCCUGGAGCACAAGCACGUGAAGAUGUGUGUGCAGGCUGAGAUGAUUGCCCAUGGGCAUGAAGUCGAUGAGAAGGUUGUUCAGGCAGUGGCUGAUGAAAUGACAUACUUCCCCAAAGAAGCAAGAAUCUACUCCAAUAAAGGUUGCAAGACUGUACAGACCAAGCUGGACAUCCAUGAAGACAUUGCAAAAGCCAUGGACUGAUUACCCUUCACCUCUCCAAAGCACUUUCAGAGCUUUUGGAAACUUGUCUAUUUGCACUUAAGCUUUCGCUUAAGCUGCUGUGGAGCUUCUGGUUUGUUUUUUUUUUUGUUUGUUUGUUUGUUUGUUUGUUUGUUUGUUUGUUUUCUCCAGCCUAGUCUUUUCCCCCAACAGAUCUGUUUCCGUAUCGCAGAAGUGACUAUUUUGAUCAACAAAAAAAAAAACCUCAGAAACUUUUAACAUCCUCCAGAACUAUCUCCCAUCCUGCUUGAUAUCAGUCUGAAGUUCCCAUGCUGAUUUGUUCUAUUGUCAGAUAUGGAUUUAUGUGAAAUAAUCUUGAUUUCAGAUCAGACCUCUGCAGACCUUCACAGAAUUAACAAUGGACACAAAUUUUCUCACUGGAUGAUUUACCCUUGGGAAAUUCCUUUUCUUCAAGUGAACUUAAGGGACUUUUAAAGCCUUAGGAGCCCUUCUGCUUCUGUGUCUCAAAUCAGCCAUUUAAAUUAUAUAGACAGAAUUAUACUACUGAGAGAUUAGUAAGAUAUAACUAUAAAGAUUACCAGUUCUCUCCCAGUGCUCUUCAUUUGCCUGUCUGGGUUUUGGAUGUCAUAAGAAUUAUAGUUUAGAAGAAGCUGAAGACAAAGGAGUGAAGUAAUAAACACUUGCUUACAAUGGAGGACUCAGACCACUGUCCCUCCAGCCCUUUGUUUUAUGCACCUUCUAGGAGUUAAAGAACCAUUUCUAUUAAAGGAUUCUUCUUGAUGAGAAGCACAAAGACUAAAUCUAGAGGAGUACUUGCUAUUUUGCAAAAGACAAUAACCAAGGCUAUCAUUUUUUUUCCUAGCGUGGCCCAUGGUUCUCUGAAUAAGGGUGAAACUCUCCUAGACAGAGAAUGCUAAGAAUGGGUUAUUCUUAGUUCCUGAUGCAAGUAGAGGAUGUACUUCACUAAUUUUCAUAAGUUCCCUGAAUUGAAUUUGACUCAAGAUGAUUCUUCGUGUCUCAGUGGGAACAAAGCAAGGAAAUACAAGGGAAGACUAACACAACAGAAAACAAACUUUCUUAUGAAAAGAUGAACUUAUAUAUAAUUCUAUGAAACCUGGGUGCCUUCUGUGCUUUCAUGAGAAAGAUAUAGGAUUCAAAAUCCCAAUCAACUGUCCAGUAAGA